GAAGGUGUUCAAGUGGCUUACUUGGGAAACUCCACCAUGGGUCUUCCGGGAUGCUAGUAGCUACCAUUUAUUGAGACAUUGCUGCAUGUCAGAUGUUGUGGCUCUUGUGUAAGCACUUUUAGUACAUGAUUUCAUUUUAAUUCUCAUAACUAUCUUGUAAGUUCAGCAUUGGUACCUCCAUUCAUAAAUGAAAUGACAGUCUAAAAGUUGCAGUGAUUUGCCCAGAGCCACGCAGCUAAGGGCUACAAGAUACAGGAUUUGAAUCCCUGCAGAUUUGAUUUGACUCAAAGCUUCUGCUCUGACUCCUUAACUAUCCUCACAAACCACUUCAAGGCAGCUAUUAUUUCCUCCAUUCUACAGACGAGGAGACUGAGGCCCAAGGAUGACUCAACUUGCCCAAUUGACAGAGAUAGUGUCAGAGCCAAACCAAGUCUGUCAGAUUUCUGUAAUACAAAAAUGUAUCACACCUCCAAGAUACAAGAAGAGCAAAGGAGAAGGGCUAGAAUGUGCCAUAAAGCCCCGGCAGGUCAGGCUCUACCCUUUCCUAGGUCACUGCAUUCUGCGUUCUACUCUUGGGGCAGAAUCACCCACCAACCUCCCCACUUAGGCCCCUUUCAAGAAUCUUCUUUUCACCACCUCUUCCCCAGUGUGGCCAACGGACUGAACAGGGACUGGGUGGUUCUCGAAAGAGUCUUAACAUCUCUUCCCAAGGAUCUCCUAGGAAACGAACAGCCUUGGGCCUCCCUUUCCCACACAUUUGAGCAAGGUCUGUGGGUAAGACUGGCAGGUGCUUGAAUUAGCAGCCAGCCAAACCGGGCUCAGACACAGCCUGGUGACUUUGACCAAUAACAGCAGCUCCCUCUUUGAAAGCAUAUAUUCUGGGACAGACAUUUCAUUGGGAGUUUCCUCCAUAUUUUUAAAUUUAAUUGCACCCCUCCCCCGCAAUGACUGGCCCUAUUUUACAAAAGAGGAGCCUCAGGCUCCUGGAGCGAAGCGCCCAGCGCAAGGACAUCAAGUAGUCACGAGUUUGGGACUUGAACCCACCAAGGCCCCAGAUUCCGCUGUUGCCCGGGAGCAGAGGAGGGAGGAGCUGCCCGAGUGGAGGGAGGAGGGGAAGGAGAGAGGGCGAGCUCCCAGCAGCGCGCGCUGACGACAGCAGGUGAUUUUUUCUGCAGCGCGCUUUCUCUCAGCGUCUUCCCUGGAUUGUUCCCCCCCCCCCUCGCUGAGCGGCAGCAAAGGGUGGGGCCGCUUCCCUGCAGCAGAGGCGGCGGCGGCGGCGGCAGGGGCUGCAGCAUCAUCGUCGUCAGCGGCGGAGACCCAGAGCUGCAGAAUAGGGUGGGGCCCCUUCCCAGCAGCAGACGCGGCGGCGGCAGAAGCUGCGGCAUCAUCGAGGGCAGCGGCGGAGGCAGCAAUGCUUGGUCUCCUCUGGCAGUGAGGACCUCCGGGCUCUGCUAGGUAGCCGGCUGCGACCAGACACCCGGAAGGAAGGAGAAUCGAGCUGGGUCCGCGGAUCCCGUGGCCACACCGCCCGGCCCCUCCUCUGCGCCAUGGCUUAAGCCUGCUGCCACCUCCCCUCGCCUCUCCUAGCUCGGCCGGGGUCUGCGCGCCACCGCAGCCGCAGGGAGGGGCGCGUCCCAGACAGCCUCGCCGGGGACUCGGGGACGCCGUGCCUCUCGCCCUUCGGCGUCCGCUGCAGACUGCGCUCCCAGGCUGCCGAUAGCCGGUAAUCAAGGGACUUUACAGACUAUUCUAGCGAUAGCUUUCCCAGGUGCUCUCCGGGGGAGGAGGGCGGAGUAGCUCAGGCUAUCGGUGGUGGGAGAAAACGGUGGGAACCGCACUGGGCGGUCGGGGUCGGAGGCUGAAGGAAGAUUAGAGACUUGCUUUGGAACCACAGAAAGAAAGAGGGAGGGCCAGCUUUGCAGCCAGCACCAUGGCGUGGCCGUGCAUCACACGGGCCUGCUGCAUCGCCCGCUUCUGGAACCAGCUGGACAAGGCAGACAUCGCCGUGCCGCUGGUUUUCACCAAGUACUCAGAGGCCACGGAGCACCCCGGCGCCCCGCCGCAGCCACCGGCGCCGCCGCAGCAGCAUGCGCAGCCGGCUCUCGCACCCCCCUCGGCGCGCGCGGUUGCCAUAGAGACGCAGCCGGCCCAGGGCCAGUUGGAUGCAGUUGCCCGGGCAACAGGGCCGGCGCCCGGGCCUAGCGGCGAACGCGAGGCGGCCGCUGCCCCGGGCCGGAGUGGGCCGGGCCCAGGCGUGGUCUCCGGCUCCACCUCCGGCGCGGGCCCCGCGGACUCGGUGAUGCGGCAGGACUACCGCGCCUGGAAGGUGCAGCGGCCGGAGCCCAGCUGCCGGCCGCGCAGCGAGUACCAGCCCUCUGACGCACCCUUCGAGCGCGAGACCCAGUACCAGAAGGAUUUCCGUGCCUGGCCACUGCCGCGCCGCGGGGACCACCCGUGGAUCCCCAAGCCCAUGCAGAUUCCAGCGUCCUCCCAGGCUUCGGCGCCUAUUUUCAGCGCUCCCAGGCGCCGGCCGCAGAGCCAGGAGCGCUGGUUAGUGCAGGCCGCCGCUGAGGCCCCGGAGCAGGAAGCGGCUCCUGGCGGAGCUGGUGGCCCGGCAGCCGGAAAGGCGUCUGGUGGCGACGAGCGCGACACACGCAGGAAGGCCGGCCCCCCCUGGAUGGUGCGACGCGCCGAGGGGCUGGGGCAAGAGCAGACGCCGGUGCCCGAGGCCGAGGCCCAGGCCCAGGUCGGAGCUGGAGGCCCAGCGGCCGGAAAGGCAUCUGGUGGUGACGAGCGCGACACACGCAGGAAGGCCGGCCCCCCCUGGAUGGUGCGACGCGCCGAGGGGCUGGGGCAAGAGCAGACGCCGGUGCCCACCGCCCAGGCCCAGGCCCAGGUCGGAGCUGGUGGCCCAGCGGCCGGAAAGGCGUCUGGUGGCGACGAGCGCGACACACGCAGGAAGGCCGGCCCCCCCUGGAUGGUGCGACGCGCCGAGGGGCUGGGGCAAGACCAGACGCCGGUGCCCGAGGCCCAGGCCCAGGUCGGAGCUGGUGGCCCAGCGGCUGGAAAGGCGUCUGGUGGGGACGAGCACGACACACGCAGGAAGGCCGGCCCCCCCUGGAUGGUGCGACGCGCUGAGGGGCUGGGGCAAGAGCAGACGCCGGUGCCCACCGCCCAGGCCCAGGUCCAGGCCACCGGCCCGGAGAGUGGCAAGGGGCGCGCAGCGGCGGACGCCCUCAACCGGCAAAUCCGAGAGGAGGCGGCGAGUGCGGUGGGCAGCUCCUACAGGAAUGAAUUCAAAGCCUGGACGGACAUCAAGCCUGUGAAACCGAUAAAAGCCAAAUCCCAGUACAAGCCCCCAGAUGAUAAGAUGGCCCACGAGACCAGCUAUAGUGCCCAGUUCAAAGGAGAGGCCAACAAGCCAACAGCAGCUGACAACAAGGUCACCGACCGCAGAAGAAUACGCAGCCUCUACAGCGAGCCUUUCAAGGAGCCCCCAAAGGUGGAGAAACCUAGUGUUCAGAGUUCCAAACCAAAAAAGACCUCAGCGAGCCAUAAGCCUCUGAGGAAGGCCAAAGACAAGCAGGCGGUGUCGGGCCAGGCCGCCAAGAAAAAGAGCGCAGAGGGCCCCAGUGCCGCCAAACCCGAUGACAAGGAGCAAAGCAAAGAGAUGAACAAUAAACUGGCUGAGGCGAAAGAGAGCCUGGUCCAACCUGCCAGUGAUUCCAGUAAGAAUCGAGGUCCUGUAGCCACAGAGCCAGACAAGGAUCAAGGUCCUGUGGUCUCAGGCCUUCAGAAAGGUCAAGGUCCUGUGGUCCAAGAGCCUCCAAAGGAUCAAGGCCCCACGGUCCUGGGACCUCCAAAGGAUCAAGGUUCUGUGGUCGCUGGGCCUCUGAAGGAUCUAGGUCCCAUGAUCCCAGUACCAGUCAAGGAUCAAGAUCCUGUGGUCCCGGAGCCUUUAAAGAAUAAAGGUUCUGUAAUCUCAGCACCCGUCAAAGACCAAGGUCCCUUGAUCCCAGAAACUCUAAGGAACCAAAGUCCCAUGGUUCUAGCAAGAGUUAAGGAUCAAAGUUCUGUGGUACCAGAGUCUCUGAAGGAUCAAGGUCCUGCGGUCCCUGAGCCUGUCAAGAAUCAAGUUCCUGUGGUCCCAGCACCUGUUAAGGAUCCAGACCCCAUGGUCUCAGCAUCUGUCAAGGAUCAAGGUCCUGUGGUCCCAGAGCAUCUGAAGGAUCAAAGUGCCAUUGUCAUAGCACCUAUAAAGAAUGAAGGUCCUGUGGUCUCUGAGGCUGCAAAGAAUCGAGGUUUAGGGGCUCCAGAGCUGGUCAAGGAUCCAGGUGUAGUGGCCCCAGAGCAUCUGAAGGUUCAUGGUUCUGUAAAGAGUCAAGGUCCUGUGGUCUCUGAGCCUGUGAAGAAUCAAGGCCCCGCUCUCCCAGCACUGGUCAAGGAUCAGGGUCCCCUGGUUCCAGAGCUUUCAAAGAAUCAAGGUCCUGUGGUCCCUGAGCCUGUGAAGAAUCAAGUCCCUGUAAUCCCAGUGCCUCUGAAAGAUCAAGAUUCCCUGGUGCCAGCACCAGCAAAGGACCAAGGUCCUGUGGUCCCUGAACCUCUGAAGACUCAAGGUCCCAGGGGCCCUCAGCUGCCCACUGUCUCACCUCCACCCCCAGUCAUGAUCCCAACCGUCCCCCAUGCAGAAUAUAUUGAGGGUUCCCCAUGACACGCACUCUUGACAUGCCAAUGAAGGAGCUGGCGGUGAAAGUGCUACCCUCCCAGGGGAGGUGAAGGCACAUAUUUAAUCUGCAUGAAACGUGUACCGUAGUCUUGCUGGAGUCUAAUAAAUGUGGUCCCCUGCUUAGCA